UUAGAAAAUGAGAGAUUUAACACUGGUCUGGAUUUGUUUUUUUAUACAUCUGAGAAGAAGAUAAACUCCACUUUGUGAUCCCUCAGGGAGGUGAUAAAUCUCCCUCAUGAACCACAUCCUUGUUGGGUGAGACCCAAGGCAGCACUGGAGCUGCAGCUCAGGUUUUGUGUUUGAUGAGUCAACCUGAAUCUGUUUGAUGUUCAUCCCACCCGGAGCUGUCCAGGGCUCCCUCUGGAGAUCACCUGCCUGAGGAAGGAUGCUUUAGGGCAAUAGUUGUGGUCAUAGAUCAAUCUGUCAUGUGUCCCAAAAAUUUCACAUUCUGCUGCAGGGCCAUGGAAACAUCCACUAAAGCUUUUGGCUCUUCCUUCAGCAGGAAGGUCAGAACUGGACAAAGCAGAUGGGGAUGAAGCUGGACACCUCCAGAGAGCAGGGAAAUGUGUCUGAGCUGGGAGAGACAGUGAAUACUUGAGAGAAAUCACAUAUUUUGGGAGCAGCGUGCCAUUCUUGGAAGGAAACCUGCUUUUGCUGGUGAGAUAAUUUGUGAAAGAACCAGGUUUUUGAUACAAUCUCCCUUAUGAACUCUGCACUGGUUUGCAUUUGAGCAGAUUGUUUUCUAAGUCCAGGCAAUUAGGCAGGAGUUUGUUGAGCAUUUGGGGAAGUGUGGCCUGGUGAGCUGGGUAUAAUCUUCUUACCCAGAGGAGCUUGUGUAACACACAGUGAAGUGCAGGAGGUCUGAUUGAGGCUGCCUUGAUAAUCCCUGCUCAGCCAGGGGAGAGUUGGCUGCUGGCUGGGAAGUGAGGGAAGGGGGAAUUGUGCUCCAGGUCACUUAGAUACUCUGAGGAAUUGUUUAUUCUGAGAUUGGGACUGUUAAUGUGAGUCUUGCACUGGGCAGUUUUACUCUGAAGCAUUGUUGGGUGUACAGGUGCUUCAAUAAAUGACAAAAAACCCCAACUUUGUUUCCUUCAGUCCUAAAUUAUAACCAGUUCUUCUGAAAUAAUUGCUUGAAAUCCUUCCCAAGGUUCUGCUGUGUGCCAGAUGCUGCCAUGGUGUUAUCACCUGUGAACUCUGCCAGAUCUGAGUGCAGAGCCUCGAGUUCAUUGUCCAAGUUCAGAGCCAAGGGCAAAGAGCUGCCACGUCCUGGCAGUGACAGAUCUUUGGGCUGCUGAUGGUGAGCAAACACAGAGUCUGCAGGAGGAAAGGGCAGCCAGGGUGACACAGGGACAGCACUGAGCCACCUGUCUGUGGGCACACCUUGCUCAGCUGUGACACUCUGUGCUUGGGCACAGGUGACGUGGCAGAACUGGCUUGCAAGUAGUUAAAAUUCCAAGGGCAGUGCCAUUGGUGGCUGUCACUUGCCAAAGCCACACAGCUCUGACCAUCCUCUGAGGGGAGAGCAGCAAGGGCUGUGCCAAAGGGACACCCAGCACCUCUUUUCCUGAGGAAGGAGAGUGGAUUCCUUUCUCCAGGGAAGUCUGCCAUUUAAUUUGGAAGUUUUCCUGGAUUUUUCCUUCCCAGAGCAAAGGAUCCCUCUGAUGGGCAGCUGGCAGCACUAGGCCCUUCAUCAAGAAGAGAUGAUAUGAAGUGCUGUUAAUCCUCUGACACCGUGCCCUGGAUCCUCAUGGUUGUCCUCAUGAAUACUCCCGUGGAGAAUGUCCAUGAUCUUCUUUGCCUGCGUGGUGAGGGUGAGGGAUGGGCUUCCCCUCUCAGCCUCCACAGAUUUCCAUCUCAACCAGGACUUUCUGGAGUGCAGGAAGAGGCUGAAGGCUCUGUCCUCCAUCCUGGCACGGUACCCCAGUCGGGGCACGGCCAAAGGACGUAACCUCAGCAUCCAUUUCCUUUCUUCUGGGGAUAUUGCCUGCAUGGCAAUCUGUUCCAGCAGCUACUCAACCAUCAUGGCCUUCUGCUUCCUGGAAGAGCUUCGCUGGGAAUUUGCUGCUUCCUACAACACAAGGAGCAUCAAUUCAGCUUCCAGACCAUAUGCUUUUAUUGAAUUUGAUAACACCAUCCAGAAGGUGAAACAGCAUUUCAACAGCAGCCGUGGCUCCAGGGCCAAGGGCGGCUGGCAGAGGGUGGAGGAGGAGCUGAGGCUGCAGCCCCCAGUGCAGCUGCAGCUGGAGAACACAGAGCUGCUGAACGGGCUGAGCAAUGGAGGGCACGCAGGAGGCCAUGUGGAGGUUGUCCCUACUUACAGAAUGCAGCCUGUGACCCCCCUGGGGAUUCUGUCACUUGUUCUGAACAUCAUGUGUGGAGCUCUGAACCUCAUCCGAGGAGUUCACCUGGCAGAAUAUUCCUUUCAGGAGGACCAUGAAGGAAUUGGAAAUGUGAUAGCUUUUUUUCUACCUUUCCUAGCCUGUGUUUUUCAGUGUUACCUGUACCUCUUCUACAGCUCAGCCAGGAAGGUGAAGACAUUUGUGCUCCUUUUCUGUGUCUGCUCAUGCAACAUCUACUUGUAUGGAUUGAGGAACCUCUGGCAAAUCUCCUUCCACAUAGGAGUGGCUUCUCUUUCCUCUUACCAGAUCCUGACGAGGCAGCUCCUGGAGAAGCAGCCUGACUGUGGUGUAUGAAAAAAAAAACAAACAACAAACUUGGGGUUUGCUACUCUGUUUUUACAACUCUUUUUUUGUAUUCACCUGACCAGAAAUAGCUCAGAGUGUUUUUUAACCAUCCAUGGCAAUGCUUAUUGCAAGGAGAACAGCUCCAAGCAACCUGGGAUGAGCAGGAUCCUGUAAUUCUGUCCAGCACACAGCGAGGGGUGCAGCUCUGUUUCACGUGGUGGAGCUUGUCAGUGUCACCAGAGAUGGAAGUUCUUACCUCCAGCAGGCUUUUCCUCCUUGGCUGCCACCAUCCAGACAGCAUUUUGCCAUUUGUCUCACUGGCUCUGUGAGAGCUGGGCAGGUCAGUCUUGCCCUGCUGCUGCAAAUACUCCAGUUGUGUGGUAAAACAAGGGUAAAGUGGUGGGUAACAUUUCUGUCUCUAGAUUGUCUUGCUGUAAAUGUGAGUGAAGGGCUAUUUGCUGUAAUUAGUGUGGAAAAUGCUGAGGGUGAGCUUCAGGAUCAUUUCUCUAGGUUUGGAAGGACAGGGAAAGGCUGUGGCUCUUUCAUAAACCAUAAAAUCUAUAAAUGUCUUGCUGAAAAGCACAUUGCAGUUUAGUGUGUGCUCAUGGGUUAAUUGCAAAUAUGCUUGGGGCAGCAGAAAAUAAUCCAAGUGGGUGUAAGUGAUCUGUCAGCUCCUGUGGCCUUUGUUUCCUUGGCUAAGGUCACUUCCAGGAUAAGGGCAAUUCCAUGUUUGCUUGGCCUGGAUGGAUAAUAAAUCUUCCAAGCCUAUUUAUGACAGGCCACUGACUCCUUCACCUUUUUUUAAUAAAAUGAGUAGCUGGUGAGUAGGAAGCCAUUUCCAGGAAUGGAAAGCAAGAGCAGGUUCUCUUUGUUCUGUGGAACACCUGUGGUUAAUGGUGGUGAAUUCUGACACUCAGAAGAGUUUCUGGGUGUGCACUUUGGAACUGGGGACUGGAAUUCCCAACCUCUGCUGCACUGGCUGUUUUAUUUUGUCAUGGAUCCAGGUGCACAGGGGCAUUUUAGGGCAUAGAUGAAUAAUUUAGGCUGGCUGUUCAAAAAAUGCAUAGCAGUUUGAUGCAGCUGUCCUUGAGGGCUUGUAGAGAUUCACACUGUAGGUAUGUUAUUGUGGAAUUAUGGUCCUAAAAUUUCCUUUUAUUUUUUUCCUCUUUCUGGUCAUUCCCAUUUCUUUCACCAAAGAUUUCUUUUUCUUCUCACAUAGUCUCUACCUCUGGUUGCAAAGAGAUUAACAUGCAGCAGAGUUGUCUUUUUUUGCAGGAACACUUGACAAAAUUCCUUUCUUUUAUGUCAGUGAGUUUUCCUGGAAUCUCAGGAUGCAAGCACCAGGAUCGGACCAGAAAUUUGUGGUGCUGGACAUUGGAAGCACUUCUGGAUGCAGAAACAGCAUCCAUGUGCAGCUCAUUCCAACCUGAACAGUUUGUAGGACAUCAGGAGACAGUGCCAGAGCUUUUCUCAGGAGGAAAAUGUAGGGAUUUCUUUUUCACUUUACUUACUGUAACAACAAUGUGAUAAAAACCUCAAAGUGUGAGCAAUAGUCUGGUAGGAAUGAUGGAGGAAUAUUUUAGCCAGGCAUUUAAGGACACAACUUGAGCUCUGCCAUAAGGGAAAGAUUUUCUGUUAUAAGGCAGAAAAUUCUUUCUUUUAUGUCAGUGAGUUUUCCUGGAAUCUCAGGAUGCAAACAUGAAGAUCAGACCAGAAAUUUGUGGUGCUGGACAUUGGAAGCACAUCUGGAUGCAGAAACAGCAUCCAUGUGCAGCUCAUUCCAACCUGGACAGUUUCCAGGACAUCAGGGGACUUGUGCCAGGAGGAAAAUGUAGGGAUUUCUUUGUCACUGCACUUACUGGAACAGCAACAUGACAAAAACCCCCAAAGUGUGAGAAAUAGUCUGGUAGGAAUGAUGGAGGAAUAUUUUAGCCAGGCAUUUAAGACAUAGCUUGAGCUGUGUGCCAUAGUGGAAAGGUUUUCUGUUAUAAGGCAGAAAAUUCCUUUCUUUUAUCUCAGCGAGUUUUCCUGGAAUCUCAGGAUGCAAACACCAGGAUCAGAAUAGAAAUUUGUGGUGCUGGACUUUGGAAGCACUUCUGGAUGCAGCAGCAGCAUCCAUGUGCAGCUCAUUCCAACCUGGACAGUUUCCAGGACUUAGUGCCUGGAGGAAAAUAUAGGAAUUUCUUUUUCACUGCACUUACUGGAACAGCAACAUGACAAAAACCCCCAAAGUGUGAGGAGUAGUCUGGUAGGAACGAUGGAGGAAUAUUUUAGCCAGGCAUUUAAGGACACAGCUGAAGCUGUGUGCCAUAAGGGAAAGGUUUUGUGUUCUAAAGGAGGGGAUUAAAGUUGUUUGUCUGUCAUUAUCCCAGUUUUCUGCAAGUGGAGAAAUGAAGCCACAAUUCAAGCACUGUCCCUGAGACACCAAGAUGACCCCAGAGAUGUGAGGGGUUUUGUGCUGCUCUUAAUUUUCAAACUGUUCACUCCCAGUUUUCCCUGGUAAAUUGUUUCUGGAGACUGCAGGGAACUCAGCCAUGAGUUUGGAUUACAAGUUAAAAAAAAAAAUCUGCAAAAAGAACACCCCAAAAAUCUGACACUAAAAAUGCAACACUUUAGGGAUAAUGGAUCUAGUGGCUGGUGGUGUUUUCCAGGAGCAUAAAUUGGAUAUCAACCCACUGGAUUCUUGUGGGGAAAGGAUGAAGCAUUUUAUACAGACAGACAAAUCUUCAUGAAAAGGACUUUAGGACAGGAGCCAAAUCCCUCCUCCUGCAUUUUUAUCCCCACUCUGGCUAAAGAGUCCAGAAUAGCUUUUCCUGUUUCUGCACACAGAGCAUUUCCAGAGGGCAUUCCCCAGAGCUGAUUGGAAAAGUUGGAACAUUCCUGCUGCUUCCCCAGCAUCCAACUGCUCUGUCCUGAACCAAACCCAUCCCUGAGCCAGGGGAUGGCAGCCACAGCUCUGCAGAGGAGUGCUGGAACGGGGUGGUGUCUGCAUAAUUGUGCAAUUAACAGAGUGGAGAAAGGUUAAUUUCAGCUUUUUUUUUGAAUUGGUUUUCCUGAAAACAUUUCAGUAAAAUCAAACCAAAUCAGUUGGUGCAGUUCUGCCUUUGCCUAAACUUGUAUUUUUUUGCUUUGUGGAUUUUUGGGGAAGGUGGCUGAAUCUUCAGGUGUUUUCUGCCCAGUGACAAAGCUCUGCUUUGGUGUUGGUCUUAAUCCCUUUGCAACCUUUUAUUUUCCUGUAAUAGGUGUGAACCAUAUUAAGGAAUCUACAUGGAUUAGUCUGUGUGCACUUCAUAGGUUUGGGUUCCAGGAUGAGGCAGAACACACAGAAUUUGAUCUAUUUUUAUUUUUAAUUUGGUAUUUAUCCCAUGUCCACACAGUGUUAAUACAGUUAAACAUUUUCUCUUGGCAAGAGGAAUAGAAUAGUUUACAUUGAUCUCAGUGCUUUAAGAUUUGAUAAAAAAGAAUGACUUGCAGUUUGAGAACACAAAAUCUGACUCAUAACGUGGGAUUUCUCCUGUAUUGAAUCAAAUCCCCAAAGAGAAAUCCAUCCCUUUUUUUCAGCUUUAAACUGGUUAAUGUGGUUUGAAUUGCAUCUUCUUCAUUCUGUCACUUUGCAAGAGAAGUCUUUUGGAAGCUCUUCUCACCCAGCAGCUCAGCACAAGCAAAUUGGCAAAGAAUAAACUUCAAUAAUUUCCAGAUUUGCUUACUCAGUGCUUAGUCACUUUAUGGAGCUGGUAAUUCUCUGGUUUCUUUUUUUUUCCCCUUUUCUCCCUCUGUUGAGUUUGUAGAAGGUGGGCUGGUACCUUUUUAGAUAUUUUUGCACUGUAUUAAUAAUUGAACCUGUGUAAAUGUGUAUAAAAUCAUUUUGCAUGUAUAUGUAUAUAUGUACAUAUAUCUAAUAAAUGGCUUUUUUUGUAA